GUCUCCAUUUUCAGAAGGAGAAAAGGCCCAGGAUCCCUUCAUGAGGUCAUGUAAGUAUAAGAAGAGUCCUUAUGCCAGCACUAACACAGCCUGCUGUUCACUCCAGACCGCCCUGAAGCAUCCACCAUGUCUUUUCAGAACAAUGUCCAAAGAACCACAGGGGAAAUGGCUCUGACAACCAUCUUGCUUUUCCAGAUGGGCAUUGGGACUCUGGCCAAUGUCACCCUCUUCUUUUUUAAUGUCUCUCCAAUCUUGUGUGGACACAAGCAGAGGCUCCCCAACACCAUUCUCACCCACAAGGCUGUAGCCAAUCUCUUAGUUCUUCUCUCUGCUGGGAUUCCCCACAAGAUGGCGGCUUUUGUUUUGAGGAAACCCCUGUCCAGUCUUGGGUGUAAAUUGGUAUAUUAUGUACACAGAGUAGCUCGCAGCACCACCAUGUGCUGCACCUGUGUCCUGAGCACCCAUCAUUUCUUCAUACUCAUCCCAGAGAGGGCAGUGUGGACGAUGCUCAGAGGAAGAGCCCCCAAGAUCAUUGAUCCUUCCUGCUGUAUCUGCUGGAUGUUCAGUGUCUUAAUGAAUAUCUAUGUUCCUGUGAAAGUUACUGGUUCACAGGACACAGGAAACAGCAGUGACAUCCUCAGGAAGUGGUUCUGCUCAUCCUCCACUCUGAGUGCAGGCACUGUCAUUCUGUGGUUUGUCUCCGAUGCCAUGUUUAUUGGUCUCAUGAUCUGGUCCAGUGGCUCCAUGGCGCUGUUCCUGUACAGGCACCACCAGAGAAUGCAGUAUAUUCACACCCCCAAUGGCUACCGCAAAUGUUCCCCGGAGACCAGAGCUGCCCACACCGUCCUGAUGCUGGUGGCCACCUUUGUGAACUUUUAUGUGCUAAAUUCCAUUUUUGUGUUUUAUGUCACUGCCUUUUUAGAUUUCCGUCUAUGGUUGAUAGAGAUUUCUAAUAUUUUGGCUUCAUGUUUCCCCACUUUUAGCCCCUUCUUGCUGAUCCUUCGGGAUUCUGGGGUUCCUAGGUCCCACUCUUGAGUUGUUAGAAAUCAAAUGUAAAUAUGCAGAAGACAGCUUAGCUUUGAUAACUACCAUGAUCACUGUAUUCAGUGACCGUUUACUCAGCACUGUUUUUUUUUACAUAAUAUCCACAGUGAUCUUAGAGGGUGAC